CGGACCGUCAUGUCCGAAACUACUCAACAGAUUGAAGAACUGGCUUCCCCGUUCUCCCAUGUUCUUCAAACCAACUACAUCCCAACGGAUUCAGAAUGCGCGACAAUCCGCCAAUUCCUGGAAGCGCCCAAGGCCCGCCUCAACGAAAUCCUCGCGGAAAUGAGACGGUUACAGGCGCUUUUCAAGACACUUGCGGCCAAGAAAGACCGGCUGAAGAAGUUUGUUGACGUGCACUCAGCGCUGGUAUCGCCAAUGCGGAGGAUGCCGCCAGAGCUGCUCCAAAACAUCUUUCUCCAGACCCUCCCACAGAGCCGCAACUGUGCUAUCACAGACAAGGAAGGGCCGCUGCUCCUUAGCUCGGUGUGCAAAUCAUGGCGCGCAUUGGUUCUUGCGACACCGCGUUUGUGGACAUCUGUCCAUAUUGUUGUGCCCCCAUCUUCCCAUAUCGAUGCUUUCUCCGCGUGGCUCAAGCGGGUAUGGCUGCCUCGCUCUGGAAUACAGCCUCUGUCGUUCUCUGUGGCCCACUCUACCUCACUUCUCACGCCGGAUAGCGUCUCGCUGCGCUUGGUGUAUGAUUUACUCGUAAACGAUGCCCACCGGUGGCGACACGUCGAACUCGCGCUCCACAGUAUCAGCGACAUUGAAUAUGUCUCCACCGCACUCUCCGGUACCUCUCUUCCAAACCUUCAGUCCUUAAAACUGUCCCCUCCCCUUCGCCAGCUCUUUAUGCCGCAGCCGCCCACUGGGGACAUGCUGGCCUUUCUUGACAAUGCACCUAACAUCCAACGUCUCUGGCUACCCGACCUUCAACUACUCUAUACCACCCGGUCACUCUCUUCCACUGUUCUGUCCACUGUCGUUGACCUCAAAAUCGAGGCAACACGACUGAGCCGUGGUCUAGACUACGUCCACCUUUGGGAAACUCUGCGGCACUGUACCGUCCUUGAGCGCUGCCAAAUUGUCAGCAAUCCGCAGGAAGAUGCUGCUGUAGAUCCACCAGAGCCAUUCUCACUACCGUCCCUCCAUACAUUGGCAAUCACACAUGGUCGAGCACCCACUACCACCAUGAACUUCUUCGCUUUUUUGGACCUCCCGAACCUGCGCACUCUCACAUGUGAGACACACGGCCCGUGGCUCACUAUCGGCGUUGCGGAGCUCGUUGACCUCCUUCCAUCCCCCUCCUCCCUGCUCCGUGUCGAGACUUUGACCCUGGGCAUCAAUCUGAUGGAGACACAAAAGCUGCUGACCGCGCUCGUGUUAUUCCCCGCUCUGACCAAGCUCAUCCUGAAGCACGAGCCCAAGGGCACGAUCACCGACACCGGCCUCUUUGGCACCAAUCUCAUUCUCGGUUCAGAGGCGCCGAGCGGUGACGGCACUUUCCUCAACAAGCUGGGAGAAGGGCUGUUGGGCGACGAAACGACCGACCCACCCAGGGGCCGACUACUCCCGUCGUUGCAACAUAUUUCUUUGGGGGACCUUGAGGCCACGUCGGAUGAGGCGCUCGUUGCCUUCGUGCGCGCAUCUGCGGCGAGGCAAAUGCGUAAAAUUGAGUGCUCUUUCGCGCGACCCCGGCAACGAGAUGUUACCCCCGAUCUGAAAAACAUUAUCCGCGACCUGGUGCCUCCAAUGCAGGUGCAACUCCGGUACUCGAAACGUGGGGUUAUGAGUGGGUAUUCGCCCUUCACCGGGCUCAGGGAUGCCAAUACACAUAGGACUGGCGGAUAG